CAGCAAAUACUUCUCACAAUACAUUUUUUUCGAAUUAACAAACCCCUACAAACACACACAUUGUUUGUCUUUUGCACAGAAUUGUUCUGACAGGUGUAUGUAGUGUAUUUAGAAAAGAGCCGUAUGUAUUGCGUUAACUGUCCUGUUGGCUCUUACUUGUUAUACUUUUGCCGACCAUCUCCCUUUGCCAGCCCCCUUGUCUGAUUACAUCUAGAACUCUCAGCUGAAUGAACGUCAUUUACAAUAGCAGAGCAGCGCUAGAGCUGACUGCAGCUUCACGCUCCAUUUGUCCCCCAUUCUCCCUUUAAGUAGUCCUGUAAUAUUAAUAAUCACGAAUAACAAGUAUGACGAGGUGGUGUAGGGAGGCAGAGGAAGGGGCAUGAGAACAGUCUGAGUCUUGCCUUGGAUUGAAGAGGAUUCAACAAGAGCUCUGGAAAAAAAAAAAAAAAAAAAAAAAAAAAACAUUUUCAUUCGUUUUGGGGCAAGUGUUAAUGGAUAGUACUGGAAAUACCUCAAGAUUUGUUAUUUCUACCUUCGAGUCUCUCUUCAUUGCUCCAUAUUUUUAUUGUUUUUGCUGUGAAUAGACAUUUUUCCAGAUGUUAGUCCACACGUAUUCAGCUAUGGAUCGGCACGAUGGCGUCCCCAGCCACAGUUCCAGACUGUCCCAGCUGGGCUCAGUGUCGCAGGGACCUUACUCCAGCGCUCCCCCGCUCUCCCAUACUCCAUCCUCGGAUUUCCAGCCACCUUACUUUCCUCCUCCUUAUCAGCCUCUCCCGUACCACCAGAGCCAGGAUCCUUACUCCCAUGUCAACGAUCCCUAUUCCCUGAACCCUCUGCACCAACCGCAACAACAUCCCUGGGGGCAGAGACAGCGACAAGAAGUUGGAUCAGAAGCCGGGUCUUUGCUUCCCCAACCCCGGGCUUCCUUGUCCCAGCUCUCUGGGUUGGACCCUAGACGAGACUAUCCCUCAGUCAGGCGUCCAGACGUUCUUCUUCAUUCCGUGCACCACGGGCUUGACUCCGGCAUGGGGGACAGCCUGUCCCUACACGGCAUUGGUCAUGGAAUGGAGGACAUACAGACAGUUGAAGACGCCAAUAACAGUGGCAUGAGUCUAUUGGACCAGUCCGUGAUUAAAAAAGUUCCAGUUCCCAGCAAGAGUGUCACUUCUAUUAUGAUGAGCAAGGAUGGUCUAAUUGGGGGGAUGGGUGUCAACACCAAUGAAGUGUUUUGUUCUGUACCUGGUCGCUUGUCCCUUCUUAGUUCGACUUCCAAAUACAAAGUGACCGUGGGCGAGGUUCAGAGACGACUCUCCCCUCCAGAAUGUUUGAAUGCAUCCUUAUUGGGUGGAGUUCUCAGGAGAGCAAAAUCGAAAAACGGAGGGAGAUCACUGAGAGAAAAGCUAGAAAAAAUCGGUUUGAAUUUACCCGCAGGCAGGCGCAAAGCUGCAAAUGUCACGCUACUAACCUCGCUAGUCGAAGGGGAAGCGGUGCAUUUAGCCAGGGAUUUUGGCUAUAUGUGUGAAACUGAAUUUCCAGCUAAAGCUAUAUCUGAAUACUUAAAUAGACAACACACAGAUCCCAAUGAGCUGCAUUCACGAAAAAACAUGAUCCUGGCAACGAAGCAACUUUGUAAGGAAUUUACAGACCUCCUGGCUCAGGACAGGACACCCUUGGGCAACAGCAGGCCAAGCCCCAUCUUGGAACCGGGCAUCCAAAGCUGUUUAUCUCAUUUUAGCCUCAUCACUCAUGGCUUCGGGUCUCCCGCCAUCUGUGCUGCCCUCACCGCCCUCCAAAACUACCUGACAGAGGCCCUGAAAGGACUGGACAAGAUGUUUUUAAAUAACAACACCCCAAACAGGCACACAUCAGGGGAGGGACCUGGCUCCAAGUCUGGAGAUAAAGAAGAUAAACACAGGAAAUAAAAAAAUAAAAAAACCCAUCCAAAUCAUUUAUAUUCUAGCUUUAAAAUAUUGCAACUACUUGGAAAAGGAACAAUUUCAAGGAGGAAGAAAAAAGGAAGAAGAAACAGAUGCACAAGAGAACACUGUGGGUCAACAUCGGAAGCAAAGGAUUUCUUUUUCACCUUACGUUUUUAGAAACAGACAUUUAGCUGAUGAUUCAAACACUCCACAUUGUGACUUUGCCAGUAUAUAAAUAUAUAUAUAUAUUCUUUUGUAUUCCUGGGAUUCAAUUCACCCAUUCUUCUUGCAGUUUUGGUUUUACACAGUUCUGAGGAUUUUUUUUUCCCUGACCUUUGACACGUGCCAAGUUCCUGAUAUAUCAUAUUGUUCUUUCCCUCAAAAUAUAUAACCUAUGGAUAUCUCAUCUGUUCAAGACUAUAUUUUCUUUGAAUUUGUGGGACAGAUUUUUUUGUAACACUGUCCAUUGCCACGUAAUGAUUUUUCACCUUUUUCUAGAAUAAAUUGCCUUUGGACAAACAAGGGUAUCUUGAAUUCAGGUAUCAGUACGGUGCUGAAUGUAUGUGUGUGUUCUCAUGAAAUCAACAUUGUGCUGGUAAUAUCGUGGCAUUGUAUCUGAUACUUAACCUACAGUACAUUUGGCCUAAAAUUUUCUAAACUGCGAUACCCAUAAAUCUUUCCUGAUUAUUCAAAUUUUGGGAUGAGACGGCACUUGAUAAAAACAGAUUUGUAAAGUAAAUGAAGUGUACACUUUAUGAUAUUGAAGAAAAUGUACCAUGACAGACUGACACAUUGCACAUGUACUGUAAUACCAAUAUUUAAUAUUUAACGUGAAAGUACUUUAAUUCAUCAUCGAUUGACUACACUGUGGCACUUUUUAUUUUCAUUUUAACGAUAGCAUAGAAAAAGGAGAAACGUACGACUUUCCUCCAUUGGUGAUAUCUUCUUUACAUAGGUUGCAGCCUGAUAUCAGUUGAUAUGGUCCCCUAAAAUAAUUCUGUGAAUAACUGAUAAUAAAAAGCUCCACACAUUUUGGCAUACUUGUGUACAGUGUUUGGGGUUAAGAGCCCAUCAAUAUAUUACAUUCCAUUAUCAUCUAUGUCAACAGCCAUAUUCACAAAAGUGUAUAAGUAUAAUAAUAAUAAUAAUAAAUAAUAAUAAUAAUAAUAAUAAUAAUAAUAAUAAUAAUAAUUCAUAUUUGAGUUUUUCAACUUUUGAGAACUUGACAGUCCUCAUCCAUCUCUAUCUGGUUUCAAUAGAAUGCUUGCAUACAAAAAUAUACAAUAUAGAUCUAGUAAAUAUCUUGAUUUAUCACAGACCAUUAAGCAACAGAUAUUAUACGUUACAUUCAUCAUGUCUUUUCAAAACGUCCGCCUAUUAGUUGUAAACCAAGUUUAUCCUUGUUUAUCCUUUUUGUCAACAAAGUGUUAUUAACUACAGUAUUUAAAAUCGCAAAAUAAUUCAAAAACACUGAAGUUCAGUUUAAGUCAUUCCAACAUACACUUAGUUAAGGUCAUUUAUAAUUACGGCUUGAAGAAAAACCCUGAAUGGCUCAUACUGCUGCGCAGUGGGAGUUUGGAUCGACUCCAAACACAAUGUUCAAGGUGUAGAUUUGUUUUUUGAGCCCUGGCAGAUAAACUGAUAAACAUCUCGUGCUACCAUACAUUUUUAAACUGACAUUUUCAGUUAAGAUUUUUAUGGUCAUUCUUGUCUAUGCAUGUUAAAUUGCUUUUUAAAAGCUGGCAAGCACUUACCCUUUUCUGCACCCAAGUAUAUAAUUAAAAGAUUAGAUAAAUUAAACCCAUCAUUAUUUUGGAAUCAAGUCAAAUCAAAACUUUAGCUAGAAUCUCACUACACAUAGGUGUAUGAUUGAGUAGGCACAUUUUCUGAAAAAAAUAAUUUAUGUAGGGCCUCUGUCCCUAUAACCAAAUAAAUUAUACAUAAGAGUACUCUUGUAAUGCUUGUGACUCUUCCGCCAAACAUAAUUAUACAGAUGAACUAUAAUCCACUUAAGUGUCAUAAGAUUAAUUCAAAUGGUUCACCGAAUCCACAUAUCCUUGAUUAGAUGGUGGGGGUUUCAGCAAGAAAUAUAAAUAAAUACAUUGAAUUGCUAAUGGAGAACCAGCGCUAUAGUUUCCAAAUAUAAUUUAUAUAGCGUUGUAUCAAAUAUUGACAAACAAGUCUUUAACGUCUCAUAAACAGGAUGCAAUGUGUUAUGUGCAAUUGAGUUUAAAAGAUAAAGGUAUCUGUCAAAAUUAGGGCAACCUAAUCAGUUUGUGCCAAAGUCCCUUUGUUUGCCAAUGCAAAAAAUUGAGAUUAUUAUUAUUAUUAUUAUUAUUAUUAUUAUUAUUAUUAUUAUUAUUAUUAUUAUUAUUAAAUUAAUCCCUGUCAUGUUGAAAAUGUUUUACCAAAUUCUUGUUUGUGAGUAGAAUUUACUCUUGUCCGGUCAUACACUUUUCUUCAAGGCUACAUUUUUUUAACAAUACACAGUGCCCAUUGGAAAGUUUAUACCUGGAAACGCGCAGACAUAGUCAUCAAUAAUCACCGGUUGUACUCAAAUUACCCUUCCAUAAAUGCAAAAAUAUAUUUGAUAUGUUUCUACCUGAUUUGUUUACAUAUUUUGGAAUGCAAUGUAAUAUUAUUUAAACAACUGCAAAUGUUACACAUGUUUUUGUUAUAUUACUAACCCCUUCACAAUAUGCCAGAAUAUAUUCCUUAAAGAAUAUAUUGAUCAAUUUCUUGACCUACAAUGAUAUUCAAUAUUUGUCUAUUCCGAUCUACAAUGGGAGUAAUUUUAAGGAGGGGAGGGGGUUAUUAGGGUUCAUGUCUGUAUAUAUUUAUUUAUGCUUAAUUUAAUGGGAAUUUGUAAAUAUGGUGUGCAAGUAGUUUGGGUUAUUUAUCUGUGACUAUACUUCUGUGAGUGGGUGAAAAAGCUUGACUUUAGAUAGCAUCUUCUAUGAUUUUAUUUUUCUGUUCUAUAGACCAUUUGUUAUGGUGAUGGGUAGAAAUUGGUUCUUGUCCAGUGAUGAUCUCAUUUAUAUAAACAAUAAACUUUGUGUUUUGUUGUA